AUGAAAAGCACAUACUACGACUAUCUGAGAUCACUGACUAAAGAACAGCUAAUAGAUCUAAUUUACAAACCGUAUAAAAAACGCGGAGAAUACCCGGCAAUCUCAAAGAGAAAGGUGGCACUGAGGCUGUCUUAUCACGGCGAAAACUACAAGGGGGUUCAACACUACAAGCACUUAAAAUCCGUCCACGACUGUCUGCAAAAUGCGCUGAAAGUAUCCGGAAUAGGAGAUGGCAUAGUGUUCUGCGGAAGAACAGAUGCAGGAGUAAGUGCCAUAAACAUGGUUGUGAGCGUUGAGGUUAACUCAAGACUAGAGAAUCCGAAUCGGUCAUAUCAGAUCAUAGAAAGCGACCAUGAAGAGUAUCCUUAUGAUGUGGCAUUGAACAUGCUGCUUCCAGACGACAUAAGAAUCACGGGAUGGGCACCUGUGCCUGAUAAUUUCAAUGCUAGGUAUGACUGUAUUCAAAGACAUUACAAAUAUUUUUUUGCACUAGGCAGCUUGGAUUUGAAAAAGAUGGAAGAAGCAGUAGAGAAGAUCUGUCAAAUGGAUGACUUUUACCAUUUAAGUACACACUCCAAUCCUAAAGCUAUUUACAAAAGAAAGAUCAGUGAAAUUAAAAUACAUAAAGUAUCAAUGCAAACGAGUCUAGUAAAGAUGGGACUUACGAAUAACGCUGGUGGCAAUAGCUUUAGCUUAGACGAUGAUCUAUACAGUCUUGAUAUCAAAGCAGGGGGAUUUCUUCACAAUAUGGUCAGGAAGAUAUUUUGGGUGGUACAACGCUGCGGAAAAGGUAAUCCUUUUACUUUGAAAAACGUGGAGAUUGCAGACUCAACGCCCCUUGUUUUUGUUGGUGCAAAGUAUAGGGAAGACCUGAACUUUUUGGGAAAUCGAUACAGCGAAGUACAGUUUCAAAGAGAAGCCAGUAUCGCGAAGAUUAGGGCUGCAGUAUCUCAACUUAGAUUGGACACAUAUAAAUUAAAAUAA